AUGCAGUCAUUGAGAUGUAUUUCUGAAAAGCCUGUGGAGGAGAAAUGUAAAUGUGGUAUCUAUUCUUCCAGCUCUUCUAGCAAACUCCUAAAACCCCAUGAAUCUCGGGAGGUAGCUGCUAAAGACCCCUACCGAUAUCAGGCCCCAGUGAGUCACAGCCCAGCUAUACUUCUUUUCUACCUGUUGCAUCUCCAGUGGUUUUCAACUCUCAACCUUCGGUUCCAUUCCCUGAGACCAAAACUUGAAUCACCUGAGACUUCUUUGCCUUUAGCUUCCACCAGUGAAGAAGCCCUGUCUAAAAUGGGCCCGCGCUUCUGGCAGUUUGAGGUGCUUUAUUCCCAUGGCAACCAGCGGGGCGGGGAGGAUUCCGCUGUCUCCAUGGCAACUGGAGACGCCUCCCGCUUUGCUCUGCCGGACUGGUGUAGCGAGGGUAGUUCAGACGGAGCGGAGGUGAGGACCCUUGGCGACAUGAGGGGAGCAGAGGCCGCUGUGGUGGCAGCGGCGGCAGCGGCGGCGGCCACCGUGAUGAGGGCGGAGGACGAGGACGAGGACGAAGACGAGGAGGCGGAGCGGGAACAGCGGCCGAAGCCCCCGCAGCCGGCCGGGGUAGCGUGCGCCGUCUGUGGAGAGCCAAGCAGCGGGUGUCACUCGGAGCGCGGCAAACCCUGGAAAAAAUUCCUAUAUUGUGAGCCACAUAAGAGAAUUAAAGAAGUACUGGAAGAAGAACUUUUUAUUCAGAGAGAUGAAUGCCACAUCAAAAAACCGUCUACAGUGGCUCUGGAAGGGAUUUGGAGCAUUAAAAGGAACUUCUCUAUGGGAAGCUUGAAACCAGGAUCACAGAAUAAAAACAGUUUACUUCCACAACCUAAAUACUAUUCCAGACAUGGAGGAAUAAGAAGAUAAGUAAAUUUUUUUCCAUUGAGAAGUCACUUCUCUUGAUGUCCCAGGAGCCAAGAAGAAAACUAAGUAC